GUCCGACCAUAUUGCUCUGUUUUUAUCUCGUGGGAUCAAUGCCUCCUUAAAAGUCCACUCUAUACUGAGGAGACAAUCAUAAUACUAUAAGGGUCGUCGUCGCUCAGUGAAGUGGGUCGAAAGCGGAAGCGGAGGAGCGGAGUUUACAACCCGAAGGUCAAGUUACAUUGUUAUUACUGCGUUCUAUUCCUCGCCUUCAGUUUGUCUGGCAGGCCUACCGUGGCCUACCAAGACCACAGUUUCUACAAUGGUCGAGCCAAGCUCUCAUAAGUUCGGCGACCAUGAUUUACAAGAAGUGCUGGUGUGGAUGCCCCAGGUACAAUCCGCUGAUUCGGUGUUCUGGAUCGUCUUUAUCCAUGGUGGCGCCUGGCGGGAUCCUACGAUAACUGCUCGCAACUUUGCGGAACCAGCGGUCUCCAUCUUAUUAUCAGAUACUGCGCCGGAGCUGAGAAUACCAGAGGGCAAGACUCUUGCCAUCGCCUCGCUGUCAUACCGACUCUCACCACAUCCAUCAUAUCCGCAGGACCCUGAGACCGCACCGCAUUCUUCCCUCCGGAUAGCCAAGCAUCCCGACCACCUUGACGAUGUGUGUAGUGGUAUCGCUGUCCUUCGCCGUGAGUAUGGCCUUUCGGACCACAGGUACAUACUUGUCGGCCAUUCGUGCGGUGCAACUCUAGCAUUUCAAGCACUGAAACGCCAUGUUGAGACGGGGUCCCCAGCUCCGCGAGCGCUGGCUGGUCUGGCGGGUAUCUACGAUAUCGGAAGACUGCUCGAGAACCACAAGGACGGACCGUACGCGGAGGUGUAUGCAUCGUUCAUCAAGGGAGCCUAUGGCGAGGUCGAGAAAGUGUGGGCUCAUGCCUCUCCGUGCCGUUUUUAUGAACAUGGUUGCGGUGAUUCUGAUUCCCAUUCCGUCUCAUGGAACAAACUGUGCUCCCGACGGACAUUCCUUCUAGUGACGGCCGACGGGGAUGAGCUGGUCGAGCCAGAGCAGUGUGAGGAAAUGAAAUAUGCCCUUACCGCAAGACACGAAACGCACCCAGCAGAUGAUGUAGGGGAAACUCAAGGCUGCAGGUAUUCAGAGAUGUCGGUCGAGGGUGGUCAUGAUGAGAUGUGGCAGCAAGGUGACAGAAUGGUAAAGGUGAUCCAAAGACUAUUCAUGAUUCUGGCUGCGACAGGGAUAUUCGAGACUGUGUAAUUCUAGCACCUCAUCUCAGGAUCGAGGACAAGUAAGGACCACGGGCUAAGAAGCAAGUCAGACACAGUGAAGCGCAGGCGAAAUGCAGCCAUCUCGUCAUUAUGAAGUGCAGGAC